GCUGAUCUUUGAUCCUAGAAAUUGCAUGUGCUUCAAGUUAUCUACCAGCAUAUAGUUGCUGAACGACAACCUGUGUUCCUCUCAAGGCUUUAUCUAAGGAAGAAACAGUGUUAAUUCUGAAGGACUGCUGGAGUAACCAGAGACAGGACAAGGAAGAGCGCCUGGCAUUCAGGACUGAAGAGAAGAUCUUUCGGUUCUCUGACUGAGGGCAUUUUCUCCUACCUACACCCUUCCGGGAUAGGAUUUGGGGAACGUCCGGGGAAGGGCGCUUGUCCCUGCCCAUGAGGGAGGGAAGAAACGGCCUCCACCUGCAGCAGUGCCGAAGUUUGAGUGCCCGAGGAAGGCUCACUCCCGCUUGGCGUCAGCGCGUCUUCGGCUGGUUGAUUUAACUCCUUCCCUUCUCGCUCGCCUCUUCGCGCUUGCCGGCGAUGUCUCCCCUCGUGGCUCGGACGCUCCUGGCCGCCGCUCUGGCACUUGGCGUCUUCUUUUCUACCGGCGCCCAAGAAGAUCGUCCAGCAGCGUCGGCGUCGAUCGGAGGGCCCUUCGCUCAGGAUCUCUUCGCUGUCUUCGGAGGGAACCGGAGUCUCUCGAGCGAGCAGAUCGGCCAGAUGCUGCAGAAGAUGGGCGCCCGGCAGAAAAUGAGCGAGUUCUUGCCCCCAGGAUCGCUGGCGCAUCUGCGCUACAACCAGUGCAUAUCUUCUGAAGAUAUUUUUUCUCUGUAUGGAAUAUCAAACAAUACCAGGAUAAUGGAAUCCACCUUCUCUACAAUAUGCCCUGCUGUCUUACAACAAGUGAUUUUUCAUCCCUGUGAAAUAUCUACCAAAGGUAGUUUCAAGCCAUCUCCCACAGAAGUUUGGGGCUUUGGGUUCCUUGCUGUGACUAUAAUCAGCCUUGCGUCACUUCUUGGCUUCGUUUUAACGCCUCUUUUAAAGAAGGACUAUUUCCCUAAGAUUUUAACAUACUUCGUAGGUUUGGCCAUUGGAACACUCUUCUCUAAUGCAAUUUUUCAACUUAUUCCAGAGGCCUUUGGGUUUGAUCCCAAAGUAGAUAACUACAUUGACAAAGCAGUUGCAGUUUUUGGUGGAUUCUACAUCUUAUUCUUUGUGGAAAGAGUUCUUAAAAUGUUAUUGAAAACCCAUAGUCAGAUGGGUCACAGCCAUUUUGAAUCUGAAGAACUGAAACUUCCUGAAGGUUGUUCUGCGCCUCCUGCUCCUGCAGAAUCAAUCAAACCAGUUAAUGGAACCAUGUGCUAUGCAAAUCCAGCAGUAGCAGAAGCUAAUGGAAACUUGGGUUUCGAUAAUGUCAGUGUGAUUUCUGGACAGAAAGAAGAAAUGCAAAGUACUUCAUUCAAAUGUUUCAAAGGGCCUCCCCUGUCUGAGAUUGGUACAGUUGCCUGGAUGAUCACAUUAAGCGACGCUUUGCACAACUUCAUUGAUGGAUUGGCCAUUGGGGCUUCUUUCACACUUUCCCUACUUCAGGGAAUUAGCACAUCUAUAGCAAUCUUAUGUGAAGAGUUUCCUCAUGAAUUAGGGGAUUUUGUCAUCCUUCUUAAUGCAGGAAUGAGCACAAGGCAAGCCUUGUUUUUCAAUUUUUUAUCAGCAUGCUCCUGUUAUAUUGGCCUAAUUUUUGGCAUAAUUUUAGGUAACAACUUUGCUCCAAACAUCAUUUUUGCACUAGCUGGAGGCAUGUUUCUAUACAUCUCCCUUGCAGAUAUGGUGUCUAGACCGGAACUGUGUCUGAGCCAAAUGUAAUAAUAUGUGUGAAUAAUCAAUACAGAACCCUGAUUUAUUGCUGAACCCCACUUUGUUCUUCUCUGUCUAGAAACAGGUAGGAUUUGUAAGAGUUCUUGUUUCUCUCUCUUUCCCUACCAUUUCUCUUAGGUGAUCAUGGUGAAUUAAUCUCAUUAAUCUUAUUAUUCAAGGUAAUCUCUCAGCUCUGGGUCAAAACGGAGAUUGUAUGGUCUCAUACUUUUGAAUGUUCCUCCACAAGAUUUUUUUCUGCACAUUAAAAUGCUUACAUAUGAUGGGUAAAGCAUUAGUAAAGUUGUUGGUCUGAUGUCUUUGUUAUACUUGGCCUUUAAAAAAAUGCAUUCUAGAAUUGAUUCUAAAUGUCUGCCCUAUACAAUAGCUUCUGUUUGUGGCUGACUUAUUUCUGAAUUCUUUUCUUCUUGUCUAUGGUCCAAAGUGCUUUGUUUCCCAUCCUUGGUUAAGUAACAUCUUUGGAGAAAUACUCUUCUGGGAAUUAAAUGAAGCAUUAGAUUGACCAAACCUGGACUGAAAAAAAUUCUAUCGUUAUUAAAUGCAGCAAGGAAUGAGAAAUGUCUACGUUUGUUUGCUGCCAAGCACAUAAAACAUCUGUUGUAUUUCUAUUGGUAGUGGAACCACAGUUCAACAGAUGAAUACUUUUACUUAAAACGUAUAUCAAUCUCCAGCAAGUUAAGAUCUAGAAAUACUCGUACAAAAAAGAAUCAAGACAUAGCCCAGAUUAAUUGUGGGUAAAUAAGCAGAGAGAAACAUAUUUCUGAAUUCUGAAUGGGGUAGUGGUUAAGGCAUUAGGCUAGAAACUGGGAGGGCAUGAGUCCUAGUCCUGCCUUAAUCACAAAGCCAACUGGGUUACCUUGGGUUAGUCACUUUCUCUUAGCCUUAGGAAGGAAUGUUAUUUUUAGAUUUUUGGUCUGGGAUAUUCACAGUUCCCCAGUUGUGAUUUAGUUUGUCCACGUGUUGUGAGAUUAAGGAGUUUUCAUCGUAUUUUCUGACUGCUAGUUGUUCAUGGAUAUGAUUUGAUAGUCUUCUGUCUAUCUGUCUUACAUAGUGGCUGUUAUAGUCCUUAGAGCAAGGGUCUGCAACCUUGACACCUUUAAGACUUGUGGACUUCAGCUCCCAGAAUUCCUCAGCCAGCAUAGCCUUAGAGUGUAUGUUGCAGACGACUUCUUUCUUUUUGGGCUACUAAGUCUUUUGGUUUACUUAAGAUGUUUUGGAGGACUUUAGUUGAUUUGUGUGCUACCAUGAAGUCUUGGCGACAAUAGUCUGUUGUUUGUUUCUGAAAUGCUUGUGACAAGGUAAUAUUAUUCUUUUCAUACAUUGUAUUGGUUGUGUUGUAGUGAAUGGAGUUGAUAAAGUUGUAUGGAUAUCCGUUUUGUUGGAAUAUGUUGUAUGGACAAUCUUAUACACAAUCUCCAGCAGCCAACAGCUAGAUAAGUAGGGAUUAACAUUAGACUACAAUCAAACAGAAAACAAUACCCUAUUCAAAGACAUACCAAGGAGAAAACCACCCACUGACCCAAACUGGAAGGCGAAGCUACUGUAAAUAAACAGGGAACAUAUCCUGCACUUUUUAUGUUAGCCUAGCUGAGUAAUGAAAGGUCUACAAGGAAACAGCUUUAUUUUUUUUCUUCCUAUGUGACAUUUUAACUUGUCAGGUUUUGCAGCUAGAUUUGAAUCUCAGCUUAACUCUUCAUUCAUGAUAGGUUGCCCCAAGCAAAAUGAGUAUUAAUUACAUUUGGUACCAAUAAAAUGUUUUCUGUCUAAGAUGGACAGGUGAGGAAGUCCCUAAGAAUCUAAGAAUCGAGAACUAAAAAUAACUAUAGCUUCUUUUUUCUUGUCCGUGUCUUGAUGAAGUAAUUGGUCCUACUAUCCAAGAUGGGUGUAUCCCCCAAAUCAUUAAACCCUUUUUCCUUGCAACUUAAAAAUCAUAACCAAUCUUACCAGUAAUGUACAAAAAAACCCUAUAAAACUAAAAAUGAAUGCAUUUUAAAAAAUGAAUAUACUACCAUGCUAUUCUAUUUGCCACUAGAUGGCAAAACUUACCUACUGUAAAAUUAUUUCUCUCUCUUUUUAUGUGUGUGCGCGGUUUUAUUUCCAUGGCAA